AUGAGGUUUAUCACGAAUAGAGCUCCCAAUGUUCUCCAUCUGUCUGUCGAUGAACAGUUAUCCCUUUGCGUUUUUCUCUCUCCCUCAUUUUUUUCCCUUUCUAUCUUCCACCCCAUAAACAACUCAUUCUCCGAGGCUACCCCACCCAUCGUCUAUCCACACCAUCGUCUUUUCUGUUUUCUACUCCCAUUCAACACUAUAGAAUUCCUUCCUUCCUGUCUUUUUUAUUUUAUUUUUUUUAUUUUUUCAUUCUUGCCUGUCCGCUUAUUUACUGGUUAUACUUUUAGAGUUAUUUUUUUUAAUUCUAUGGAUAAGUUUGUAUUCUUUUCAUUUUUUUCUGUCUAUUUUUUUAACUUUCGAUUUUCUUCAAGACAUUUCUAUCUAUCUAUCUAUCUAUCUAUCUAUCUAUCUAUCUAUCUAUCUAUGUAUGAUACUGGUCAUUUUUCGUUCGCUUUUUAUUUUUUAAAUCUCUUUAUAUCUUAUAUACGUUUACUUUUUUUUCUUUUCUGUCAACUUCUUUAUUUCUUUCUCGCCAUCUCUUUCUCCCUUUCUUUCUUUCUUUCUUUCUUUCUUUCUUUCUUUCUUUCUUUCUUUUCUUUCUUUCUUAUUCAUUUCCCAUGCUUUUUCGAUUUCAUUUCUUUUGUUUUAUUUUUCUAUCUUCUGUCUUCCAUUUUUUUUACUUUCCUUCUACCUUUCUUUCUUCCUUUGUUUCUUUCUAAUUUUCUCAUUUCGCUAACGCUUUCAAAUCCCCCCCCUGCGCUUACUUUGGUUUGUAAAUUUACCUUUCUUCAUUUCAUUUUCUACUUGAAACAAAAAUUCGUUCUUCCAUUCAUUCAUUCUUUCUUUCUUUCUUUCUUUCUUUCUUUCAUUCAUUCAAAGUUAUCUCUAUUUCUCUAUCUGUUUUCUUUUUCCCUCUUUUUCCUUUCUUUCUUUGUUUUUUUUUCUUUCUUUUGUUUCUAA